CAUAGCCGAUGAUGGGUGCAUGGAGGAGGGACGAACUGUCAGUUAUUCCGCGAUGAGGUGACUCAUGUCCUGCCUGCCUGCGCCGUUUUCAUAUCCACAUCUGAUUAUUCUUGGAAAUAGUGACUGUUCUGCUGCGGUGGAUAUAAGUCUACAGUCAUAUUUGUUCCCGGCAUUUAUGCAAGCAACGUGUGUUGGAAUAGAAGGUAUAAUAGCAAACGGAGACUUCACAUCACCCAGGGAUAGCUAGCACCAGCUAAAAUGGACUGGUCCAUUCGGCAGCUACUAGUAGUGGUGAUUUGCUGUUUUUGUUCUUCUGUUCGCUCCGAAGAAUGGAGUUUGACAAACCUUCCACCAGAAACAAUAGGAGGUGUGGAAGUCAGCUGGGCGGAUGUCAACGUGGAUGUUCCAAUGCCACCAGUCAUCACCAAACAGGCACCCAGGAAACACAUAGUAGAUCCCAGAGAACUCAUCGUCAUAGACUGUGAAGCAACUGGCAGCCCUGAAAUAAGGUAUAGUUGGCUGAAGAAUGGACGUGAGCUGGAUGUGGAUAGCGACCCCAACAUCGCCUGGUCAUCUGCGCCCAACUCCGGUACCAUCACUAUCGAACUGGAUGGAGACAACCCUGAUACGUCAUACGAGGGCAAGUACCAGUGCAAGGCUGCCAACCACAGGGGAACAGCCGUCACCAAUGAGAUUGAAGUCAUCAUCACAGCUUCUCCGCUGUUUGCGUUCAGUGAAGACAAGGAGAUCACCGUCGCUGUAGGUGCCCACCAUGUUCUGGAGUGCCUCUCCAUCCUGGGCGAGGCCAUCCCACCUCCCAACAUCUACUGGACCAAGGACGGCAGCAACCCCAUCGAUCUCACCGAGAGAAUCUCCAUCGAUGCCAAGAACAACCUGAUAUUUGCCAAUGUUGAGGAGGGGGAUGCAGGGGAGUACUCCUGCCGAGCGGAGUACUCUAAACUGGGCACCAUCCGGAUUGCCAACACCCUAACCUUGAUUGUUGACACAGCAUCACCACGGGGAGCCCGUGCACCAUCCUUUCUGAAGCGUGACAUCAAUCUGCCACCUGUGAACAGGGGGGAAGAUCUGACAUUGAGAUGCAUCACAGAGGGCCUGCCAACUCCCGAGGUUAGAUGGAGAAGAACAUCUGGAGGAAGUCUUCCUGCCAGCCGCGCCAAAGUGGUGGGAACGUCACUCAUCAUUGAGGAAGUGGUGGAGCGAGAUGCAGGAAGCUACGAGUGCACGGCCUCCAACUCCCUGGGAAAGGACACUUACGAAGUGAUGGUGACUGUGAAUGCUGCACCCUACUGGAAGACUGAGCCCGUGGGACAGAUGCUUGCUCCAGGCGAUGAUGCAACCAUCCUGUGUGAAGCAGCCGGCACGCCCACCCCAGAGGUCAGCUGGAAACGCAACGGAGAACCCCUCGGAGAUCAGCCAAACCGCCGUGUUUCUGGCACCACCCUGUCUAUGCAGGAUCUGGUGAAGGAUGACAGUGCAGUGUACCAGUGCAUCGCACGCAACAACCUCGGCACAAGGAUCACUAAUGCUUACAUCAAUGUCGUUGAACUGCCACCAAUAAUGCUGACACCAGCAAACAAGAAAUACGCCUAUGUCCAGGACCAGGAUGCCCAGCUCGACUGCCUGUCCUUCGGCUCUCCCAAGCCUGAGAUCACUUGGUAUAAGGAGGAGCUUCUUGCAGGAGAUCGUUACCAGGUCCUGAGUAACGGCACGCUGGUCAUCACCACUGUCAGCACUGAAGAUGACGGGCAAUACAAGUGUAUGGCCAUCAACAGGUUCGGUGAAGAGGCACUGCAGGCUGAGCUGUCCGUCAAGAGAAAGACCAGUAUCGCCACACCGCCCCUUGCUCUGGAGGUGAAAGCUGGAAAUGAGGCACAGUUUGUGUGCAUGGUGGACCACGACCCUGACCUGGAACUCACCAUCAUCUGGCUGAGGAACGGAACCCCCGUCAAGCCGGGCAGCCGCAUCAACAUGGCCGUCCUUGGAACCCUGGUCAUCAAGGACACCAUCGGCUCCGACUCUGGUCUGUACACAUGUCUGGCCAGCACCCCUAGGGACGAGGCCUCUGCACAGGCUGCACUCUCCGUCAUAGAUGUCCCAGAGGCACCACUGAACUUGCAGCUGUCCAACCAGGCAGACACGUCGGUCACCCUGAGCUGGGACAUGGGCAAGGAGAACAACUCACCCAUCGAAGGCUACACCAUCCAGUAUGCAGAGAACAGACUCAUGCCAGGAGAGUGGCAGGAAAUGAAGGUCAUUGAUGGCAGGGACACCUUGACUGCUGACCUUGACCUUCAUCCAUGGAUCAAUUAUCAAUUCAGGGUCAUUGCUAGGAACAAGGUUGGAGACAGCAAACCCAGCGACGCCACACAAGGAUAUGAAACUCCUGCUGCAGCACCAAAUGCUGUUCCUGGUGGCAUCAAGGGGGAAGGCACUGAGCCCACCAACAUGAUAAUCAGCUGGGAGCCCCUCCCUGGCCUCCAGCAGAACGGCCCAGGCCUGAGGUACGAGGUGCGCUACCGUCAGCAGCCGCAGAACAGGAAGCGUCGCCAGGCCGACUCGGACUGGACCGUGGAAACUGUGAACGAUCCCAAUGGGAAGGAGUUCAUUGUGGAGGACACCCCAACGUACACGGCGUAUGAGAUCACUGUGCAGGCCAAGAACGAUUUUGGCGAUGGCCCACUGUCUGACGUCGUCGUUGGUUACUCCGGAGAGAACUUCCCUUCAGCAGCAGUAGAAAACACAGAAGUUGGGGACAUCCAGCCGAGGAGUGUGAGGCUUGACUGGGACCCAAUCGAUGAGGAGUCUGUCAAUGGAGACCUGAAGGGUUACAAGGUCCGUUACUGGGAUGAGGAUGACCCAGACAAUGUGAUGGAGAAGACAUUUGAGGGUGACGAGCCUACUGCUCUGGUCGACGGUCUCACACCUUUUAAAAACUACAACUUUGAGGUUGUUCCUUACAAUGGGAAAGGAGAUGGACCUGCCAGUACUCCUCCAGUGAAGGCCAGCACCCCUGAGUCAACUCCUGGAGCUCCAAGUGCCUUGAGGGCUAACGUUUUGGACAGCAAAACCCUGGAUGUGCAGUGGGAGGCACCACUGGAGCCCAACGGUGUCAUCACAGGCUACGUCCUCACCUACAGAACAAUGCCAGAACCGGGUACACUAGAGGGGCGCUUGGGACCCCGCAUGGAGAUUCCUGUGGAUGACCCCGCCACCACCAAUGCGGAGCUGAGUGACCUGGAAGAGCAGACGUGGUACCGGAUCGAGCUGCAGGCCAAGACGAGGAUCGGACUGGGGGAUAUGAAGGAGCUGGAGACUUCCACCUCCGACCCAGCACCUGUGACUACCGUUGCUAUGACAACCACUGCCAUGGCAACCACAGAAGGGGAGGUUCCUUUAAUCCCACUUAUCCCUGACGAUGGAGAUGGCUUGCCAGAAGAUGGCUUGCCAGAGGCAAGCAAAGCUCCUCUGAAGCCUGAGGCUGUGGAGGUCCUGGACACAGGAGAGAACUUCAUCAACGUGUCCUGGGUGCCAGCUAAGGUUGGACCACGACCGUCCCAGUUCUAUGUGGAAUACAGGGAGCGAGACCUGCAUGCCGACGAUGUUGUUAUCAAUGGCACCAACUCAGAGCAGAUGUGGCUUCAGACGGAGAAGGUGGAGCCUGACCCUUACAGCGAGACCCUGCAGAAGACCAUUGACGGCCUGAACCCGGGCACCAGGUACCAGCUACGGGUCGUCGCAUCCAACAACUUCGGGAAGGCCUUCACCGACAUCCAGGAGACCACAACGGAGGGAGAAUCUCCUUUGGCACAGGCAGCAACUCCAGUGGGCCGCCAGGGCUGGUUCAUCGGACUGAUGUGCGCCAUCGCUUUGCUCAUCCUGAUCCUCCUGAUAAUCUGCUUUAUCAAGAAGAACAGGGGUGGAAAGUACAAGGUGUCUGAGAAGGAGGAUGCACUAAAGGGAGACCCAGAGACGCAGCCGAUCAAAGAUGAUGCAGGGUUUGGUGAAUACCGUCCAAGAGAAUCUCCUGAUGAGGUGAUGGCCAAGCCUCCCACCGGCAGCAUCCCCUCCCUGACUGGCAGCGACAAGGAGCCAGGCAGCGAGACGGACAGCAUGGCGGAGUACGGGGACGCUGACCCCGGAAUGUUCAACGAGGACGGAUCCUUCAUAGGUCAAUAUGGAGCCGACAAGAAACAGCGGCCCCCAGAGGAGCCCACGUCACCGGCGGCAUUCUCAACGUUUGUCUAGUUCCAAAAAACAGACAAAAUUGUCCACUAGUUCAUAAUGCUAGAAUCGUGUAAUAUAGGAAUUAAUUGAGACAAUGGUUUGUGGAGUGAAUCGUCCGGGGAUGGACGGCAAUGCUUGGCCUGGCUGUUCCGAUGCAAUUCAGGGAACUUCACCUCAUGUAUUAUCUAUCUACACACCUGGGAGCCCUGUCAGGCACUGGAGUGUCCUGGACCAGACACCCCCUAUUAAAACAGGCACAAGCCCAGCAUGCCAUGGACAUCCACACGAACACGACUCAAUUUGAUUGGUGGAGACUUCUCCUAUGCGGAGCCGCAAACAGGAGGUUUUGCAGCUACUCGUUACCAAGGAAACGUGUAAAUGUACUGUCGUCAGAGUCGGCUGUGUAAAGUAGUCUCCAAAACAGGCCCCAGACAACAUUUUGAUAUUGAUGUUUUUACUUUCUGCUGACAGACUGUUUUUUGCAAAAACAGCAAUUAAGAGAACACAUCAGCAAUUAGGAAAUAGCACAUAUUUAGCAAAAGGGAAAAUGGCAAUAUUAAAAUGUUGCCAGGAGCCUAUUUUGGGGACUAUGACUCUUGCAACAUUUAUAUUGUUGGUAGAGGUCUACACAGCAUAUUUGGAACUACACCUGCCUUGUAUGCAAGAUAUACAUGUAUGAUAUGGAUAUCUUUUUAUGUUUGUGAUAUGGUACUAAUGUACCUGUGAAAAAAUGUGCAAGACUAAGAUACUACCACAGUUCUAUUAUUGACUCACAAGCGUGCAUGCUCAGUCUUGUGACACAGCAAAAGGUAGUGUGAAAUUUGUGCCUUGACGAUGUGAAUUUUGGACCAGGUGCUAUACUCUCAUACUUCUAGUUAUGUGUGACUCGGGGGUUAAGUGUAAAAGAAACAAACAAUGGAAAAAAACAGAGAUGACUGUCUGGCGUAAAACCAUCGUGUAUAGGAUGUCGCAAACCUGAAUAGAGUUAACAAGACCAUAUGUACCAUUCUCGGUAGAUAAGUUUGCAUGAAGUAACACACUGAGACCAGGAAAUUCAGCUGCCUUACUGUACAACCUCGGGACUUUGGGGCCAGUAUAGGAACAUUACGUCCCCACCUCAAAAGGCUGAACACUUCUGCGUCUUGAAUUUCAUUAUGUUACAGUUUUAUUGAUAACUUUUUUAAUUGCUUUACAGAGAUGAAGAUGACCUAGACAUUUGUGCUUGAAAAAUCUUUUUUUAAGGCCACAUUUUAAUAACACUAGCAUUUGUUUAUUAAAACCUAGUCCAAAAUUUAUAGACAUGCUAGAACAAGGCCUUAUUGUUUGUUUGUUUUUAACUGUCAAAUGAAGAUUGAGAAAGAUGUUUCUAUAUUUUUGGCCGAUGUUGAUGUUUUGUAAUAUAUUGCUUGCCUGUCUUUACAUUAUAAGACUAUCAUUGUGUGUGGAGACGUUUUUAUUAUGCAAAGCCAAAGCUUGAUGCUUUAAUUACUUUAGAAGAUAGCUGCCUUACUCAUCAUGUUUAUAACACUUUUUAAAGUGCAAAUUAAGAUAGAUAAUUGUAAUUUGAAAAAAGUUGUGUUAGAUUUUGGUUGAUGCUACUACUAACCAUCCAGGAACAACUGAAGAAGAUGUAAGACACAUAAUGAUUUCUUAAGAAGUCUUGAGAGAUUGUUUUUUUUGUUGCAAGACGUUUGAUUAUCUUGUAAAGAAUUGAUGUAGAGUGUGUACAGUGUAGUUUUAACUUAAAGGUUUGUUCUCUGUUCUUGAUGUUAUUUUGGAAUAUGUCAUCCAUGUAAAUGUAGGACUGGUACCUAGCUUUCAUACAAAUCUUGUCAAAUUCAUUUCAUUUGCCACUUGGGAACAUAGAAACUGUACCAAAAAUACACCCUGCACUGUUUGGCAACAUUCAAAUCAUGCCGAAAAUGUACAAAUCACCUAGUAUGAGAUCUCUCAUUCUGUUGUUGCUAUUGGUAAAGAUUGAGAUUGUACCUUUUCUGCAAUUUGUAUGCAUGUUUCCUAAUAGUAAAUCAUGUUCUCAGCAGGAUUUGUAUGUAUUUAUCAAGAUGUGUGGAAUUUCCAGGAAUCAGCAAGAAUGUCUCUGAAAAAGUUAACAAAAUGUACAGGCCUGUAGGCAGUGACAAGGUUUUGUUGAUACUAUUAAAGUUUCAGUAACUUCUCACACAUGUAGAGCUCAAAGGCAUGGCAAAAAUUGUAAUUGGCUUGCCACUUGAAGCUCACGAAUCCUGUAUACCAGUGCUGGUACAUGUAUUCUCUAUAUAACUAAAAAGGUCCAGUUUUGCCUUUUAUCUAAUCUGCUAUUCACUUGCCUACAAGCCUGACUUUGGAAGCAAACUAAUUUGUGCUAGUAUAUGUAUACAAUAUAGGAGCAAAGCAUCUGCUAAAUUCUGUUACAUACAUGACUUUUAUGUUCAAGGAUUUGUUGCUUGAUCUUAGUUCACUUGGAAAAUAAGUAGAAAUCUUCUCAAAGAAGGCAAAGUAAACCAGGCUAUACUGUGUAUGAACCAUCCCACUAGCAAAGAGGCGUUGUAACUAUACAAACAGAUUUUCAACAGUCAUAGCAGAAGUAAACAGUUACAUGAUUUUGUACAGGCUCAAGGACAACUUGCUAGCUUCAGUGAGUUCAUCGUAUCCUUUCAUCUCUUGAGUUCACAUCAGGUGGAGUUUCUAUUGAUAACUGUAAUUAGAGUUAACGAAUGUAGCUAUAUUUUUACUUGUUGCUGAUGUAGUGUGAAGCGCAAUGAUUGCCAGUAUCUGUAGAUGGACUCAAGAUUAAAUGAUAAGGAGGGCAAACAGCAGUUCAGAGCAUUAGGGAAGUAAGUGUAUUUAAUGAGUGCACAGCCAUACAUGUUGGAUAAUGAGGCGCCAUUGUUGUAUAAGUGCAAGUCUGCUAUCUGUCACCAAUGAGAAAAAUACAUGUUCAUGUGUGGAAA